ACGUCAUCGUCGCCCGACCGCUUUCCGGGAGACUGGAGUCGAAGUUCGUGAGGUAUUUUUCAAGCUAAAUACCAUAGGAGUUAACUGUUUCUUGAAGGGUUGAAAGAAAUUACCUAUAAAAUCUUCUAGGACUAGAGCCACUUUGGAGGUCAGCCAUAAUGGCAGGUGAAGAAAUUAAUGAAGACUAUCCAGUAGAAAUUCAUGAGUAUUUGUCAGCGUUUGAGAAUUCCAUUGGUGCUGUGGAUGAGAUGCUGAAAACCAUGAUGUCUGUUUCUAGAAAUGAGUUGUUGCAGAAGUUGGACCCACUUGAACAAGCAAAAGUGGAUUUGGUUUCUGCAUACACAUUAAAUUCAAUGUUUUGGGUUUAUUUGGCAACUCAAGGAGUUAAUCCUAAGGAACAUCCAGUAAAGCAGGAAUUGGAAAGAAUCAGAGUAUAUAUGAACAGAGUCAAGGAAAUAACAGACAAGAAAAAGGCUGGCAAGCUGGAUAGAGGUGCAGCUUCAAGAUUUGUAAAAAAUGCUCUCUGGGAACCAAAACCGAAAAAUGCAUCAAAAGUUGCCAAUAAAGGAAAAAGUAAAAGUUAACUUUUUGAUUUUGAUGUAUAUAUAUUCAAAAAGUACAUCAUUUUUUUCCACAAAAUAAUUCUGUGGCAGUGCAAAGUUUAAAUGUGUUUCUUAUUGAAUUAAUAUAUAUAUUUACAGUAAGUUUGUAAAGCUGAAUACUUUCCUUUCCAAAGAUUGUUAUUUUUCUUGAUUUGCAUUAUGAGGAUUUAAACAUUGUGAUAUAUUUUAUAUUUAUAAUUUACCAUCUCUUUUGAUGAAACUCUUAUUUCUUUCUAUAGGUCAAUCUUGCAAGAAUCAUUUUAUAAGCAACUGUGAAAUUUAAGUAAAAUGUUCUUUGUAAACAUUUGUACUAUUUUAAAUGAAUAAUGACCUUAUGAAGUAUGCUUUCUAUAGACUGAAAUUAUAGGUAUAUCUGUUUUCACUAUAUGACAUUAAGAAAGCAUGAAAUGAACUAAAUGUUCAUUUUUUUUCUGUUUAGUUACUUGAUCAUGUUUUCAUGAUUUUAGGAAUUACUGCUUUGUUGAUAUUCAGAGUGUGAAACUAAAACUUUAUAGUUGUACUUUAAUUCUUGGCAUGUUGCCUCUGUGUCCCAUUUAAAAUAAAAUACAUUCUCAUUAACUUUAGAUGGGAAAUAAAGUUGUAUGUUGAUGGAUAAAUUUUGGCAUGAUGACUAUACUCUCUCAAUAAAGGCUGAAAAUGUUGUAUAA